CGAGAAGGCGCGCUUGUUUCUAUUUGAACAUCUUUGGAUCUUACUUAAUAUACAGAUCAAUAGUGGAUCAUUGGAAAUGACAAAGAAGAUAAUAGCUAGCUGUUGGAUGGUUUACCUGUUUCUGCUCGGAUCUGUCACAGAGGUGAAAAAAUUCCCAAAAUACUUGCCAUUUAUAAGCAUCUACAUGAUUUUGGAACCUUUUGUAGGUUAAUGUCUUUGUCAUCUCAUGUUGACAGAUUUAGCAAAACCGAAGGAGCUGCUAAUGUGAAAUACAGAAUAGGAGAUAGGGAGAUUUGUUUUGAUGUUAAGCACUAUAAUAUUUGCAUAUAAUUAUGUAUUAUAUUAUGAGUGGCUUUAAAAUGUGGAUUAAGAUGGUAUGAGACAGGAUUUUUACAUUUUUUGAUCUUGUGGGAAAACUUUAAAUUAAAAAAAAUUAAGGCAGUAUUUUAAUUUAUAUUUACCUAUAUCAUAGAAUGUUUAGUUUACAUGACAGAAUCUUCAGGGCUUUCACGUAGAUGGGAAUAUCAGGGAAUUUUAAAAUUGUGAUUUUCAGGACUGAAAAAAUCAUUGAAAUUAAGAAAAUCCUCAAAAUGUCUGUGGUGAAUAUAAAGUUUUCUAGUUAUGUUAAUCAGUAAAAUACUUAAUUGACUAGAAAUUGCUCUUUGUGAGUUCAAUCUCUAUAAAAUGAUUGCUAAAAAUUUACAGUAAUAAUGAAGUCAUGGGGGGGCCUGGGUAGCUCAGCGAGUAUUGACGCUGACUACCACCCCUGAAGUCGCGAGUUCAAAUCCAGGGCAUGCUGUGUGACUCCAGCCAGGUCUCCUAAGCAACCAAAUUAGCCCGGUUGCUAGGGAGGGUAGAGUCACAUGGGGUAACCUUCUCGUGGUUGCUAAAAUGUGGUUCUCGCUCUCGGUGGGGCACGUGGUGAGUUGUGCGCUCACGCUAUUCUCCGCGGUAACGCGCUCAACAAGCCACAUGAUAAGAUGCGAGGAUUGACGGUCUCAGACACGGAGGCAACUGAGAUUUGUGCUCCGCCACCCGGAUUGAGGCGAGUCACUACGACACCACGAGGACUUAGAACGCAGAAAAUGGCUUAUCGUUCUGGCCAGCCCUGAGGUGAACGAAAGCCAGCAACAACAUCCUCAAAAUGUGUACCAUGACAUUGGCGUGACCAGAAACAAGAUUGUGACUGCACAGUUUGAGUGCUAUCAGAAGAUCAUGAAGGACAACAAUCCAGACAGAAGAGUUGGCCCAGUGUGCAACAGGACAUGGGAUGGAUGGUUAUGUUGGGAUGACGCUGAUGCUGGCAUCACCUCUGAGCAACACUGCCCUGACUAUUUCCAGGACUUUGACCCCACAGAAAUGGUCACCAAAAUAUGUACAGAAAGUGGGCAGUGGUUCCUGCAUCCCGAGAGCAACCGAACCUGGACAAAUUUCACCAGAUGUAAUUUGCACACUACUGAAGGAAGACGGACCGCAAUGAACUUGUUCUACUUGGCACUGAUAGGUCAUGGACUCUCAUUAACAUCUUUGUUUAUCUCACUUGGCAUAUUCUUCCAUUUUAAGAGUUUGAGCUGCCAAAGAAUAACCCUGCACAAAAACCUGUUCUUUUCCUUCGUAUUAAACUCUGUCAUCACUAUCAUUUGGUUAACCGCAGUGGCAAACAACCAGGAGUUAGUGCAGCAAAAUCCAAUCAGUUGCAAAGUGUCACAGUUUAUCCAUCUGUAUAUCUUUGGAUGCAACUACUUCUGGAUGCUGUGUGAAGGAAUUUACUUGCACACACUCAUUGUAGUAGCUGUGUUUGCUGAAAAACAGCAUUUAAUGUGGUACUACCUACUAGGAUGGGGUUUCCCACUUAUACCAGCUACAAUACAUGCCAUAGCCAGAAGUUAUUACUACAAUGAUAAUUGUUGGAUCAGCUCAAAUACUUCUUUGCUAUACAUUAUUCAUGGCCCGAUCUGCGCAGCUCUGUUGGUGAACUUGUUCUUUCUGUUGAACAUUGUACGGGUCCUCAUCACCAAACUGAAAGUGACACACCAAGCUGAGUCUAGUCUGUACAUGAAAGCUGUCCGAGCCACGCUGAUUCUUGUUCCACUCCUGGGCAUUCAGUACGUUCUUCUCCCUUACAAACCCGGGGGGCGUGUUUCCGCUGAAAUCUAUGACUACAUUAUGCAUAUCCUAAUGCAUUAUCAGGGACUGUUGGUGGCCACAAUCUUCUGCUUUUUCAAUGGAGAGGUACAAGCGGUUUUGAGAAGACACUGGAACCAGUACCGCAUCCAGUUUGGAAGCACCAUCACACACUCUGAUGCUCUGAGGUCUGCCUCGUACACUGCUUCCUCCAUUACGGAGGUCCAGGGCUGUUACAGCAUUGAUGGCCACACAGAACACUUGAACGGCAAGAACUGCCAUGACAUUGACAACACUAUCCUAAAACCAGAGAACCCCUUCGCCUGAUGACAUUCAAUGUGGCAGUGCACCGUUUAAAAUACUGCUGAUUACCAUGACAGCUGACUUGGACCUUUUGCCCAUAAUUCACUACUUGUGCUCUCGGAGGGGGUGAAGGUGAAAAGCCAUUUCUCCAAGUAUUUACACUGAAAAACAUUUCACUAUCUUCUGUGUUGUUAAAUGGACAUAUAAGCAUUUUCGGCCUUGUCUUUGUGCCAUAAGUAUUGUAGUUUAUUUUACCGCUAUGUGCAGUGGAAUUAAGUGUAAAUAUGUUGCUCUUAUUCAGAUACCACGUGUAAUGCACUUCUUUGUCUUAUAGGAUCAGCCCUCUGAUGAUAAAAAAAAAUAUUUGUGUAAUUAUAAAUCUAACCUAAAUGAAGACCACACAUAUUAAAUAUCUAUAUAUUUUUACUACAGAACAAAAGGGAAAAUUGAACAGUCUACGCAACCGUUCCCAAAUACAACCAGUGCCCCUUUUUAUAAUGAUUAUUUUUAUGUAAAGCUUAAUUGUAAGUUCCUGUGACGUGUGAAUACUUGGACUGCAAAAUAGCCAAAUGUUGUCUUUAUUAUCUUGGAGAACAACGGAAUUGAAACUUCAGUCAAAUAUAAAUGAGAAAAUAUUCUGUAUGCACAACUUUGGUCCUUAAUUGCUACAUAUCAGAAGGUGUCUAGGUAUGGACUGGAUACAUCCAUUUAAAGGUGAAGUGUGAAUUUUUCUUUGUUAAAAUACUUUCUCAUAUCCCAUUUUAAUGUUCAGAGACAGCUAUUAGUAAGACAUUUUUAGAUUGAUUUUUCCGAAAAGGGUUAACACAGUUGAGCAUCCCAACCAGUCAGACAUAAAAGCACUGACUAGACCAAUGGCGUGAGUUUGGAUCUCUUUGGCCAACCAAUGGAAGAUGAGAGGAGUGUUCAAGAAACCUGUUUGAAAACAACCAUUAUUUUUGCAACUCUAUUUGGUUGCAAGUGAUGCAGAAAUUACACACUUCACCUUUUAUUUCAAUACAUUAAUGUUGUUAUCUGAUACAAAUCAGAAAUAUUGUGAAUCUUCAACAUAAUUACUAAAGAACACCAAUUUGUGUAACAUUUCUAGGUUUUGUGACAAUUCAGUUUUGUGAAAGCCUAACAGCACGAUGACAUGCUUAUCAUUUUAUUCAAGAUAUAUUUCUUAACAUGAUCUAAUUUAUAUGCUUAUUUUUAACAUUAAAAUUUGCAAUACAAAUGCCACACUUUUAUUGUUGAUUGGACUUUAGACUUUAUAUUUCUCACUGUUCUUAUAAUGCUUAUCAUGUACUUUUUUCUUUUCAAUCUGUGGCUUUUGACAUAAGGUACAGUAUUUUACAACCUAGAAUAUAUUACUCAAGAGCCUUUCUUAUAACACACUUGGAGUAUGAAAGAUAUCACUGUUUUUGUUAGAGGCAUGGAUUCGUAUGUGACAAAAUGAAAAUAAAAUAAAAAAAUGUUCGCCCCUUGUUUUUCAAGGUGCAUUAAUGUAAUUUAACCUCUAACCAUACUGCCUAAAUUACUAACAUUCCAUAUGUGCCCAGUGUUUAUUUCCUUUGAUGAUUAUGUGCUCACCUGAUUUCACGCUGUUUUUGAUUAACUCUCUGACAAUUGGCAUGUUUUCUUACUUCUUAAAGGGAAAGUUAAUCAAAAAUGAAAAUUCUGUUAUCAUUUACUCACCCUCAUGUCAUUCCAAACCUGUAUGACUUUCUUUUUUGUAUGAGGAAAACAAAAGAGGAAUUUUUGAAGAAUAUUCUGGACUCUGUUUUCUGUAUAAUGAAUAAGAAUGAGCAUGACUUGCUCACUGUAUUACAAGUCUUAUGUAUCUUACAAGUGAAGUCAUAUGAUAGCUUUGUGGAACAACAUGAGGGUGAGUAAAUAAUGACAGAAUUGUCAUUUUAUGUGUACACUAUUCCUUUAAUUCCUGCUUUUGUACAUAUCCCGACAAAAACAUGCUUAUAUAUAUAUAUAUAUAUAUAUAUAUAUAUAUAUAUAUAUAUAUAGAUAUAUAGAUAUAUAUAGAUCCUGCAAACGGAUGUGUUGACAGACAAUGUUACAAAUGUGAGGAUGUGUUUGUACAAAUGAUGUAAAUAUUAUUUUCCUUGUGAUCACAUUUGAAAAUUUAGUAGAGGUGUACUUCGGCCUGGCUUUGCAAUGCAGUUGUCAUUUCUGAAUAUUUCUUCUAUUCUAAACAACGAGUCACUUUAUUUUCAGAAUACAUCAGUAUUAAUAUUGCAAACCGUAGCAUUUCACAACAAAUGCCAUUCAAACAUCCACUGUAUCGUUUGGUCAGGUUAUCCCAGGCUCAUAGCAAUUCAAACCUAAUUUGCUUCUUAAAUGUACUUUAUUUUGUUGUGUUGUUUGUGAUCAUUUGUGUGUUUUAGGGAAAACAAAACACUCACUGCAGGACAGUUUCAUAUGUGUUCAUAUGUAUUUAAGGUUGCACUUUGUGCGAAAAUUGCUUUCUAAAUCGGUAUCAGAAUGUUAGAGUUGUAUUGUGUAUAUGCUGCAUUUUAACCAACCACUUCAAAUUUUCUUUUCUGUAUGAAUGCAGUUUGUUUUUGUUCUCCUGAGGCAUAUCCAUGUUACAUUUAUUUAAUAAAAUAUGGGCAGUGUUGCAAUUAUGUGUAUUGUAUUAUACUGUAAUUACAGAGGAUUAUUUCAAAUGUCUUUUUGUUUGCAUUUUAUUGUGUGUUUCUUUAAAAGCACUGGG